AUGGCACUGGGGCCGGGCAGCUUCUACGCGGUCAGGUUCGACGUCCCAUGGCGUGAGAUCUGGUACGAACGACUGGUGAUCAUGGGUCGCUGCAUCAUGACGUCCGAUCUCGAUGUGCAUCCUGAAGGUCAGGCUCCCUCUCGCGACGUUCUUCGCCUCGAGCUGCUCGCGCGGAUGGGUGCUGCUGUCGACGGGGUGGCGUCAGGCAGCGUCUACCGUUGCAGGCGCCUGCCCUCGGCGGGAGAAGGCUGGGACGCCCUGCGCCCCACCGCUGCGGGAGGAGCUGGCGCGAGGGGCGCCGACGACUUCAGCCUGCACCUCGGCGAUGGGAACGCGCUCGGGAUGUCGCCUGGGCUGCUGCAGCCCCGCGGCCCGCGGGCUUGUGGAGUCGCCCGUGUCGGUCUCGCCGACCUUUUGGGCGACGCGCUCAAGGAGCAGGCCGAGCUCGGGCGCGGCGACUGGCCCGUCCUCAGCCCGCGGGCGCUCCUCUGGGUCCUCAGCUCCAUGCUCAAACUGGCGGGGGGCGCGUGGGCGUGGCCCGCGCCUUGGCUGGCCGUCGUGGCCGCCGCGGAGCACGACCAGACGGCGAUGCAGCACGAGACGAUCUAUCGCAUCAUCGAGACCGUGCUGGUGUACGACCGAGGGGCCCUCGCGGAGCUGGCGAGCUUCGAGUACCUGGCGAGGCAGCCGCAGCUCAUCGAGGGGAGGGCCUACGACGAGAGGGCCCGCAGGACCGCCGCGGCCGUGAAGGGCCAGGGCAAAAAGGUGGGUGCUGGCCAGGGUCCCCUGCCCACCGAGGUCGGCCACUUCUUUGGCAUCGGUGAGGCUAAGGGCAACCUUUGCAUCCGUUCCGCCUUGAUGCAGUACCUCUCAGAGCAGAUGAAGAAGGAGGCGGUGGUGACCCACAUCCCUCGCAAGCGCCAGCGGGGUGCCCUGCCGCUUCCUCUGCUGGACGUCGACGCGAGGCUGCACGCGGUCUCUGGUCGGCGACCCCGGCAGCGUGCUGCCCGAGGUGCGGCCUGGCGCCAGCGGUGCAACGAGGGCGCCGACGCUCUCAACUGGCUCCAUGGCCGCGCUGAGAUGGCUCCUGGCGACCGCGGAGCAGGGAAAGCUUCUUUGGCCCAACGUGCCGCUAUCGAGGAGCUGCAGGAGCAGCGCCGCAGUUUCGAGUUGCCUGCUGGCUACAGUGAGCAACGACAGUUUUGUGAAGCAUCCCUCGCAGAGGUGCUCGCCACGACCCCAGGCUACCAGAAAAGCCCACGGGUCAAACCCUACGACAUGGCCCUCGUGGCCUGGCCCGCGCUCGCAGGGCCUGCCGUUCAGGUGUCCUCCGUCGCGCAGCGGGACGAUGCCGUCCAGUUGGAGGGUCGGAGGCAGAGUAUGCUGAGAUCCGAUGCCGAUGUUCACGAGCUGCAGGAAACGUUGGGCGUUCAUCAACCUUACGUCGACCCGCAGCUGCGCGACCCUCGGAAGUAUGCUGAGUUUUUGAACACGAUGCUGCGCCACCACAUGAUUGAGUGGAGCGUGGCGGGGGGCAAGCUCCGCCUGGUGUUCGACGCGAGGGUUGGACCACGCGGGGGCGGCGACUGCUUCCGCCUGCCGCCGAUCUCGAGCCGCUUCAUUGGGCUGCAGAAGGUCGGCGGCAUGCGCGUUGGCGGCCGCUCCAUCUUGCAGCCCGUCGUGCGCGUUAUGCCCAUGGGAUGGAACUGGGCGUUGUUCUACUGCCAGUCCGUCCUGGUGCGUGGCACGAUUGACGUCGGCAUCGAGCCCUGUCGGCAUUUGGUCGACGGGGCUGCCCCUGAGCCGCUGGUCUCCAAGACGGAUCUGGUGGCGGCGGGCUACGUCGACAACUUCUGUGUCGUGUCUCAGACGGCGUCGGUGGCGACCGCAAAGGCACGGGAGCUGGCGGCUCUCCUCGCGUCGAGGGGUCUUCCCGUGCAUGACUUCACGGAGGCGCAGACCGACGGCGUCUUCGCGGGCAUCCAGUUCUCGGGCAAGACGGGUAGGCUACGCGUGAGACCCGACCGUGUGGCCAGGCUGCGCCGAGCCAUUCUUGCCUUGCUGGCCCGUGGCUCGGCCUCGCGCGGGGCCAUCGCGUCAGUCGAGGGCCGCGCCACGUGGGCUAUGAUUAUGCGGAGAGAGUGCCUGUCGAUAUUCAACGGGAACGCGGAGGUGACGCAGCGGACGCUGGAGUCCUACGGAGCCCACGCCCUGCGCCCCCACCAGUUGUGCACGUGGACGGUUCAGUCGUGCGCGAAUGCCGCCGCGUUGGGGCCGCCCCAGAAGAGGUUCCCGAUGCCACGCCUAGCGAUGCUCGCAGUGGUCGGCCUCUUCAUCCUGGAGAGGAAGUUCGGGGAGGCGGUCUUCGCGCGGCUCGCUGUCGACGCGUGCUCGAGGCCGAGCGAGGCUUACCGGCUCGUCACGGGGAGCCUGGUGGAGCCGAGAGCGGGCUCGACCGACGGCUACUUGCCCUGGGACAUGAUCGUCAACGGCGCGUCGACGGGCGGCCCUGGGAAGACGGUGGUCACGGGCGAGCGCGUGAUCUUGGACAUCGCUUGCUUGUGGCCCCUCCUCCAGGGCUCGAAGCUGGGCCGCUUCGCGAAGGACCCGCUGGUGAUCUUCACGCCGUCGGCAAUCUGCCUGGCCUUCCGCGCGGCGCUGGUCAAGCUGGGCAUCUGGGGCGCCGUCUCGGCCCUCCACGCGCUGAGGCACGGGCGUGCCUCCGACGACCUCUCGGGCCCUCGUUCGAGGAUGGAGAUCAGGGGCCGCGAGAGGACCGUCACCAGCGAGGGGUACGGGCCGUUACUCAUGACCCAGACCAUGAGCUCCUUGCUGUUCAGCAUUGUGAGCCGCAGCACGUACGCAGUAAGAGCAGCCGUGGGCCCAUGGACUGGGCCAAACAUCGACGCGCUCUACGCGGCGCGCGCUGUGUGGACGGUCGGGGACAUCGUAGAAAUCGAGCUUUGGCACGAACAAUUCGGGGAGUCUUGCGGGACGGGCGUCAUCGAGGUCACUGGGCAUGGGCCUCGAUCUCUGCUUUUCGAGGCCCGCAUUCUCGACGUGGAGGACACGUACUACCACUGGUGGGUGUUCAACAGCAACAAAGCGGAGAACCCGGCCCUGUUCCGGGCGACGGCGGGCAAGGGCGACGACGACGAGGUGGUCUUCCGUGGGCGCGAGGUCACUCUAGUGUACUACACCUGGCGCGUCCUGAACGGCAACGGGCUCGUGGCGGACCUCGGCGUCGUUGGUUGGCUUUCGGAGGCGCGGCGCAAGGAGAUCCUGGGAGAGAUUGGCCGCCCUCCGGCCGCGCUGGGGGACGCCGGAGCGGCCGCGGGCGAUCCUGGAGACCGGGAUGGACGAGAUCGUGAUCGCGGAGACGCUGCUCGUCCUGUUCUUGUCGACGGAACCCGCACGCCGACGGGGGGCGUGAAAGGCGACCUGGAGCGCCUCGCGGCCAGCGUGGGGCGAGGUCUGCUGUCCAGCAGGUCCCUCCAGAUGAUGGCGGACAAGGUGGGCAGGGAGGGGGAGGCGCGCGCCUGGGGCAGGUACCAGACUCCAGCUGCCGCCAAGGCCUACUACCUGCGCGUCCUCCUGCAGCUCACGGGCGCGGGAAUGCGCAACAAUCGGGAGAUGGCCACGCUUUGCGCGGUCCUCGGCCACCUCGCGCAGGGCCGGACCGCGUUCUCGGCGGACAUCGCGACGAUGCGGCUGAAGGCGGUGGACAUGGCCAGCCGGGAUGGCAACUGGGAUCGGGCCCAGUUCUUGGAGCUGGUGGAGAAGGACGACACGCCCCUGACGACCAUGGGGGAGGAGUUCAUGAUCACGCAGGAGCUGGCGAUGCAGCGGAAGCUCAAGGGCCGGGGCAAAGGGGCCAUCUUCAACAACGACUGGCCGAGCUCAGGCAGCACCUCCGGCAGCGCCAGCAACCUGGGCAAGGGGGGCAAGGACAAGCACGGACAACAGCACAAAGGCAUGGGGAAGGAAGGGAAGCACAAGAAGACGAAGCACGAGCGGCCAGAGCUCUUGCCAAUCAACUUAGACCUCGCCGAGGGGCACUGGAGAAAUGGCCCAGCGGGGCCACGUAGCACGGAAGGUGAUGAUACCUGCGGGCCGCUCUUGCUCGCCAGAGCCACGCUGCACGCCCUGAAUUUCCUCGCUUGCGCCGGGUGGGCGCCAGUGCCGGUAUGUUUGGGCAUGGCCGCUAGUCUGAGCGACGCGCACCGCCGCACCCUCUCUCACGUUUCGGAUCUCUGGGCGGCCCCGGCCAUACCGUUCAGCGCGCCAGAGGUCCGCGAAGAGCCGCGCAACAAAAGGGUCGGUUACGCUGGCGAGGUCGUUUCGACGCGGCGCGAGCUCAUCUGCAGCAAAGUCGCGCCCGCGUGGCCGGCCCCGGGCAAGGCGUGCAUCCUGCCAAUCAUUGAUUACGUCUCGGAGGAGCUCUGGGGGGGCCUGAUGAGUCCGGCCCGGCGCCUCCUACCCCAGUCCGAGUGGCCUGCUGUCACCCCGCGCUCGCGGGUCCACGCGGCGGACGAUGAGUGGUUCAGCUUGGCGCGCGCGGGCAGCGAUCGCGGGCUGGUUGCGCCCGCAGGCGCGGACAGCAUCUUCCGCGACGCCCGCGGCGACCUGGUGCUGAACGGGGAGGACGAGGUCUUUUGGGUAGAUUCUGAAGACAUGGAGUCGUGCUUCAACGUGUCUUACAUGCCGAACGAGUGGCUGGGCAUGUUUGCGUUCGAGAAGCAAGUGCCGUUGAGCGCUUUCGGUGGCGACCCACAUGUGAUGACUUACGUGGGAAUGCGGGCUGUGCCGAUGGGCUGGGUCGGCGCCGUCGACGUCAUGCAAUGCAUGGCGCGGAGGCUGGUCUUCCAUGCCGCUGGAGUUCCGCCGCUCUGCGAACUGCGAAAGGACAGGGCGAUGCCCUCGGAGGAUAUCGCCAUCGUGUGCAUGGACGGCUACGACCACAUAUCGAAAGUGAAGGUCCUGCUGGACGAACUUUCGGAGGCCCCUACAGGAGGUAGCCGCUCCGGGGCAAUGGAUCGCUUCGUGGCGGUCUGCGCUGCGCAGGGGGCCCCCCUCAAUGCCGGAAAAUCGCUCGCCCGUGGGCUGAGGGCGGGCAUCCUCGGCGGGGAGAUCGACAGCUUCCGCGGGCGUCUAUUGCGCAGCAGGGACAAGUCGCUGAAGCUGCGCAUGAAAUCGUUCGUCCUUCUGGGGGAGCCCGCGUGGUCCGCCGGCGAGGCUCAGCACUGGUCGGGGCUCUUCUGCUUCGCCGCGGGCUUCCGCAGGCCGCUCUUUUCAGUGCUGCAGGGCAUAUUCCCUUUCAACAGUUUCGGGCCUAGUGAGGCCUUGCGGAUCCCGCCUGAUAAUGUCAUUGACGAGGUGCUUCUUGGCGGUGCCCUCCUCCCACUAGCCUUCAUGAAGCUCCGCGCGAGCAUGUCGAAGGUCGUGAGCACGUCCGACGCCUCGGAGAGCGGCGGCGGCGCUGCAGAAGCUACCAGUUUUGUCUGCUCCCUGGCGUCGGGGCAGGCGGAGCGGCAGGAGGCGUGGUCUGCGGCGCUAGCGGAGGAGCCAAUAUUGCACCCGCCUGCGGUGCCUGUCUCGUGCUCCUCGUGCGGCGCAUGUGCGCCCGAGCGCGGGGAGUGGGCGCCCUGCCCGCUCGGCUGCGCGGGGGCGUUCUGCCCCCUUGGCUGCCUGCGCGCCCACCGCGCUGGAGCAUGCCUGGGGACAGGGACCUUUCAUGUCCACUUCGUGGAGGGGCGCUCGGGACCCAGCGCGCCGUUCUCAUGGGCUUGCGCGGUGCACGGGGUGCCCGUUUCGGAGCCCACUCGGCGGGCGAAGGUGGGAAGAUUGCCCGACUGCCGCAUGACAGAGCAGCGGGCGCACAUACUGAAGCGCGAGGACAUUGGGUUCGAACAUUGGUUCGUGCCCGGGUCCUCGGCGGGCCGCCAGGGGGAGUGCCGGCCUUGGCAGCCGGGGCGCCAGCAGCAGAGGACGAGGCGUCGUAACGCCGAGUUCGCUUUUGCUUUGGAACGUCUCCAGUAUCGCGUCCUCCACAGGGGGGUGGCGGUCGCGAUGCGCCCUAUCAGCGGCGCUGGCUGGGAGCUGCCUGCCGCCGUCGCCAUGCAGCAGUCCGAGGACAUAUUCUUCACGAAGGUAUGGCCGUGCUGCUUCGGGGGAUCGCGCCACUUAGGUAUGGCUGCAGUAGCGCUACUCCGGGGCUGGGAUCGCACAGCGGCCGCCUUGCUGAUCGGCUUCGCAUGCUUGCUCCGGUCAGGCGAGGUCGUCGCCAUCGUCAAGCGGCAGUUCGCCGUUCUAGGUGCGGUGCGGCAGGAUUACCUGCUCUCUCGCAGCAGCGCGGUCGACGCCCCAGAUGGGCGCAUCCUCGCGCUCGCUGGCGAUUUCAACUUCGGCGCGGGGCCCCCGCAGACGUGCGCGCCGCCCGCCCGCCUCGACCCCCGCGCUGCCUUCCACGAGUGGUUGACGUUGACAUUCGCGAGUUCUCCGAAACACUUGAAGCACUGGUCGCGCGCCUCCGACAUCGUGGGCCCCCCGAAGAGGCGCCGGGAGCCGUGCCGAGCGGGCUCGCCGGCGCGGCUGGCCCUGCCAAGUCCCGGGCGGCCGAUGGACGUCGCCAGCCUGGCCGUCGCGGCUCAGGGUGGUCCAGCCUCGCGUGACCCGCUGGCCAGGCGUCUAGGCGAGGGAGGCGCUGGGCUGGCAGCGCCGCCGGUCUUCGGUGGCGAGCCAGCAGAGAGGUGGUGUUUCGCCGAGAUCCAGACCGGGGAGCGCCGAAUCGUGCAGGUCGGCGUCGAGCGCCGCAACGCCGUGGAGCUCCAGCAGCAGAUCAGCACCUAUGUGGCCGGCAUCGCUGACCUCCAGCAGGGCAGGCACGAGUUGGAGACCGUAGGUAUGCGCUUGAGGGUCACUGAGGCAGAGCUCGAGACGGCGAGUGACGACCUCAGGGUCGAGUACGACGAGGCCAAGCAGUACUUGAACCACGAGAAGCGCGAGUACGAGCAGCAGAUCCGUCGUGCUCGGCAUGCCGCUACCGCCCACAUCCAGCAAGAGUUGCAGCAGUGCGUCGAGGAGCGCGACGCUGCGAUGGUGCGGUCCAGGGAUGUCCACAAUGCCGAGAUGCGGGUCUUGGAUGCCGAGGCCAAUCACGUCUUGGUCACUGGUCGUGCUGAGAACGAGCUGCGGUCUGAAGUCGGAGCGAUCAAGAGGGCGCGAGACACGCUUCAGGCCGAGUGGACCGAGGCGACCGAGCAGGUCCAGAGCGCCGAGGCGAAGGUGCAGCAGAGAGGCAUCGCAAAGGACCAGGACUUCGAGCGUCUCAAGGCGGAGGCGAGCGACCUGAAUUUCAAGUUGCAGGAGGAGUCCGAGAUCGCGCAGUUGGCGCGUCGGCGGCUGACUACACGUGCCCAGUCGUCGGACGACCAGCUGCGCGGGGAGCUCAACGACGCGGCCAUGAAGUGCGAGGUGGUGGAGGCCGAGGCGUCCAGGCAGAUCGCGGCUGCGUGGGCCGAGUGCGACAUGAAGGUCGAAUCAGCUCAGCACGAGGAGCGGGAACACAAGCGAGGCGCAGAUUCGGCCAGGGCAAAUUUCUACGCAAGCCAGGCUUUGCACAACACCGAGAAGGAAUAUUACGAGCACGAGGUCGACGAGUUGCGCGCCGAGUCCCGCGAGCUGAAGGACGAGAAGGUCGCCUUGGCGAGGGCGGCCCAGGAGCUGAUGGACAUCCAAGCUCCAGGACCGCAUGAGCAUGAGUACGCCGAAGGCCAUUGGGAGCAGCAGGACGACAUGGAUUUCGGCAGUCGGACUGGACCAGUCGAUCCAGGACCUGCGGUCCCACCAGGACUCCCGAGGCAGUCGGCGGCAACGCCGGGUGCAUCGUCCCAGGACGCUGGCAUCGCCGCAGCCAUGAUGGAGCUCAUGCGCCAGAUGGCGCAGCGCGAAUCCCAGUCGAAACUGAAGCCAGCGAAGCCUUCGCUCACGGGCAAGGAUGCGAGCACCUUGAAAGUCGAGCUUGAGAAGUUCCGCACCUACCAGAACGAAGCGCGCCAGAACAGCAAGGCGAUCUGGUUCGAGGGCGCGAGGGCCAUCGCUGAGGACACCGCGAAGAUCGAGCUCGAAGACAUGAUCGUUACCGAGAUGGGUGGCGAGGAGGCUUUCCAGAAGCUGGUUCGUGCUCGGGGCGAUCCGCGAUGGGAUCUCUACUGGUUUCGCUACGAGCGCAGGCUGAAGCGGACCGUCCACCCCGACGACGAACACGAGUCCAACGAGGCGGUCCGGCGCUACAGCAGGUUGUCCUUGCCCAAGGACGCGAACUCGGAGGGCGUUGCCAAGUUCUUGAACUUGUACACGGGCGUCAGGCGCUUACCCAACGGCACCGAGAUCUACAGGUGCAAGGGCCACGAGAUUCUCGGGAGCGGAGGUGCGGCUUUCACCAGCGAGAUCGUGGCGCAGAUCAACCAGCUCCUGAAUGUCACCCACAGCCUCGGCUCCGCCUACUAUCCGGAGUCGCAGGGCUUCGUGGAGGCGAGGCACCAGAAGGUGAACAGGAUCCUGGCGAGGCUGAACGCCGGCCUCGCUCGCGCCUGCGCCGACGACGCGGAGGCCGCCAUCCGCCAGCUGAAAUUCCCGAAGGUGUUCCACCGCGCAUUCGCGAUCGCGGAGAGGAUCGCGGGCCUCAUGCUGAAAACUUCCAAGUGCAAGAUCGCGCCCUUGGCCGCGUCCUACUCGCCCGCCCUCGCCCGCGGGCGCUCCACGAUGGCUGGCCGGCGCACGCAUGCACUCGGCGCCGUUGUCCUCGGGCUGGGGUUCGUCGUGGCCGCACUGGUGGCCCUCAGCUCCGGCAGCGCUUUCGUUGGAUCUCCGGUGCAGCUGAGAGCGAGACAGGGCGCGGUCCCCCUGCGGGCGGAGGGUGAGAAGUCCGUCGCGCUCGUGAAGGUCACCGAGGAGAAUGCCAUCACCACGGCCAGCCUCCUGGGCGGCACCGUCGGCCUGCUUACGGGGGGCGUCUGGAUCGGGGCGGCCCUCUUCGCGGUGUCGUCCUAUUUGUCCAGGCAGGAGGAUUCCGAUGUGUCCAAAGCCCUGAAGGGCGUAUCUUCCACUGCCCUCGAGGCGCUCAACUUCGGCGCCUACCUGAAUGACAAGUAUGCGGUCACGAGCACGGUCAGUGAUUCCUUUGCGAGCGCCCUGGAGUCGAACCCUGAGACGAAGAAGACGAUUGACGAUGCUUGGAGCGGCGUCAAGGAUGCCUACACGUCAGUCGACCAAGACGUCGGCAUCAAGGACACCCUGGGCACCAUCCUGGCCUCUGGCAGCGAACUCGCUUCUCAGGCCGUCGACAAGGCCGUGGAGCUGAACAAUAAGUACAAGUUUGUGGACCAGAUCGGGGAGAAGAUCUCGGAGGUCGUCGAUCAGGUACAGCUCCAGGCAGACCUGUAUGCGGCUGUGCAGGACAGGAACGAGGUGCUGCAGGUCCUCGAGAUGCUCGUCGGCGACGAGGCCAUCUUACAGAGGGUCCUCGCGGGCCUCCCCGCCCUGGCCGUCCUGGUCGCGGGGCGCAUCCCCAGCUUCGAGGACAGCUUCGGGCACUACAGCCACUGCAGGGACACCUCGAUGGCUGGCCGGCGCACGCAUGCGCUCGGCGCCGUUGUCCUCGGGCUGGGGUUCGUAGUGGCUGCGCUGGUGGCCCUCAGCUCCGGCAGCGCUUUCGUUGGAUCUCCGGUGCAGUUGAGAGCGAGACAGGGCGCGGUCCCCUUGAGGGCUGAAGGUGAGAAGUCCGUUGCGCUCGUCAAGGUCACCGAGGAGAAUGCCAUCACCACGGCCAGCCUCCUGGGCGGCACCGUCGGCCUUCUUACGGGGGGCGUCUGGGUCGGGGCCGCCCUCUUCGCGGCGUCGUCUUACUUGUCCAGGCAGGAGGAGUCCGAUGUGUCGAAAGCCCUGAAGGGCGUGUCCUCCACCGCCCUCGAGGCGCUCAACUUCGGCGCUUACCUGAAUGACAAGUAUGCGGUCACGAGUACGGUCAGUGAUUCCUUCGCGAGCGCCCUGGAGUCGAACCCUGAAACGAAGAAGACGAUCGACGAUGCUUGGAGCGGCGUCAAGGAUGCCUACACGUCAGUCGACCAAGACGUCGGCAUCAAGGACACCCUGGGUACCAUCCUGGCCUCUGGCAGCGAACUCGCUUCUCAGGCCGUCGACAAGCUCGUUGAGCUGAACGGUCAGUACAAGAUCACGGACAAGAUCGGGGAGAAGAUCUCGGAG